CUUAUUUCGGCUUUAGCCCUGCUGUGUAGACGUGUAACUUGCACCAUUGAUUUGCACUAGAAAAUCUCAAAGCUUUUAUCAGAUUUUUUUUUAAACAUUUUAAAGGGCUAAAAUUGAGCUUACGCCUAGCUAUGAUAUGUGUAUUAUACUAAACCACAGGGUAUCUAAAGUAGUACUCUGGGAAUUUAUACUUCUCCAUAGUUAAGUUUAGAUAUUUAAAGUAGGUCAACGUUUUACCAUGGAUUUGAAUGAAAGCCCCUCUUCUGAAAAGAACAUAAUUAUAUAGUAUGACUUUAUUUUUUAAUAAAAUCCAACCUAUCCUUAACCUUAUCAAGUAUAACAAAAAGAAAUAGUAUACUAAUAUUUAAAAAAAACUUAAUUUUAGAAUUUUUUUAAUACUUGAACUUAGUUUCUCAAGCUCAGAGAUAAAGUUUUGCAGCACAAAUCUGAUUGAUUUUAAUGAUCUCUCCAGGGUGAUCCUCAUAGAAACUUCUAAAGACUACAAAGAAUUGAUUCUAGGCAAAGUAACAGUGAAAUAAAAUAACAGUGAAACUGAUCAAGUAAGAUGGAUCCAUGUUCAGUUGGAAUUCAGCUCCAAGCUGCCAAUGAGUGUCAUAAGAUAUACUAUACCCGUCAUGCUGGCUUCAAGACUAAGCAAGAUCUAUCUUCAUCAGAUCUGCUACUACUUCAGCUUAGAACUGGAAUGACUCUUUCUGAGAAUAAUACCAUCUGCUUCCAUCAUGCAAAAAUUUAUAUUGACAGAUUUGAAGAUCUGCAAAAAUCAUGUUGUGACCCAUUUAACAUACACAGGAAAGUAUCAAAGAAAAACUUACGUUCAAUCGACUUAGAUGAUGCAGCUUUUCUAAGUGCCAAGUUUGGAAGACAGUUUGUACCUGGUUGGAAGCUUUGUCCAAAGUGUACACAGAUAAUCAAUGGAAGUGUGGAUGUUGACACUGAAGAUCGCCAAAGAAGGAAACUUGAUUCAGACGGGCGAACAGCUAAAGCUUUGAAGUCCUUGCAGUUUGCUAAUCCAGGACGACAGACUGAAUUAGCUCCAGAAAGCAGUAAAAGAGAAAAGAGAAGGCUACAAACAAAAAGCACAUCGGUUAAUUCUGACAGGCAAGUAAUCCCAGCAAAGAGUAAAGUCUACGAUAGCCAGGGACUGCUGCUUUAUAGUGGCAUGGACCUCUGUGACUGUCUGGAUGAAGAUUGCCUGGGAUGCUUCUAUGCUUGUCCCAAGUGUGGAUCCAACAAAUGUGGAGCUGAAUGUCGCUGUGACCGCAAGUGGUUAUAUGAACAAAUUGAGAUAGAAGGAGGAGAAAUUAUUCGUAAUAAACAUGUGGGUUAACUGUU